AUCGGAAGGCCUAGUCCUGGUCUUUCCUGAGCAGCGGCUGGUCAGAGCGCCCUCUCGUAAUAUUCCCAUUCAGGGUAGAGGUGACGGGAGGACACGCUGCGCCAUCCUCAGAGCCCGCUUUCCCUGAGGCCCGUGCUUUGUCGUUAGGGACCACUACGCAGUAGCCUCCGCUGGUUUAUGCGCGUUGGCUUGGGCAGGACGUAACCGCCGUCCGUUGUCGCAUCCGAUACUAAUCGACGGGGGGAGAUUGAGGCUCCCGGCGAUCGUUUGUUACCAUGGUGAAGAAGAACAGCAUCCCGGACAGGUGGCGCAAUUUGACAGCAAUUGGUCAGCGGGUGCCGGGGUCUCGAUUUAUUGCCUUCAAAGUACCGCUGAAAGGGGUCACUAAUCAGCGUGUAACAGAGAACCAGAAGUUCACCCCUAAAGAUUUAAUUACUGCAAUCCGCACCCAAAAUGAAGAACUGGGACUUAUCAUAGACCUGACUAACACUGAACGUUACUACACCACUAAGGAUUUGCCAAAAGGUAUACAGUAUGUGAAACUGCACACAGCAGGACUGAAGAUCCCAGAUGACGCCACCAUUCACCAGUUCAAGAGAGUCGUAUGGAAGUUUUUGGUGGCUAAUUCUGAAAAUGAUAAACUCAUUGGUGUUCACUGUACAACCGGAAUCAAUAGGACUGGAUAUCUUAUAUGCAGGUACCUUAUUGAUGUUGAUGGAUGGAGGCCAAUGAAUGCACUAUCUGCUUUUGGUCAGGCUCGAGGUCACCCAAUCGAAGGAACAGUCUACAUUGAGGAUAUUGUGAAAGGACCUCCUCGAAGUAAUGUUGGUAUAGACUCGCCUCCAACCACUGAAGAAACAAGAGCCUGGGAUACUGGAACCUAUUAUGCUCCAGAUACUCUGUCCAGGGAGCGAGGCGUCCGAGAUGAGGCUAUCAGGCCGCUACUUGAACUUAUUCCAGGAAACGAACAUGCAGAUUUUGAUGCUCGUGAUCGAAGGCCAUUACCACUUAUGAGAGCUAGGUCAGAUGAAUAUCAAGAGGACGGCAGGAAUUUGUUCAACUCGAGGGCUGAAUUUAGAGGGAGAGGGCUACCACUGAGGGAUAUGAGUGACGACGUUGAUCUUCGUAAACAAGAAUUUCCUUCUAAUAUGCAAGAACGUGUGAAUGAAAGGCUCCGAAGACCAGUUGACUUUAAUGCAGAUGGCAGAUUUAACCCGGGGGUAGACAACAGGCAAGACUUUCAUGGUUCUGAACCAAGACCCCUUAUGGAUGUUCGAGAUAAUUAUGGACCUAGAGACGUGCCUAGGCCUCGCGGAAUGCCACAGGAGCAGAUGGGUUAUGGGGAUAGAACGAGAGAGCAACAAAGCCCAGUACAAGGCUAUCAGGACUAUAACGAGCCUUCCUCUUAUAACGUACCAUCACUCCCACCAGGGAAAAUGAACAGUGCUGGAUAUGGCAGCACAGAAGCAGAACGUAUAAUGCGCUCUUUGAUCAGUGAUUUAGAUUUUAGAGCGAGAUUGCGUCGCCAGGAGUUUCAAAGCAUGGAAAGUGAAAAAUUGGCCCCAGAGCGAGAGAUGAGGUUUGAUCCUAGAGAGCGGGAAAUGAGGACCGAUACUUCUAAAGGUCCUUUUAAUGAACGGAUGCAACCAAGAAACGCAAGGACCCUAGAAGGUCCCAUGAGCGAAAGAAUUAAUGCCAGGAACUCACAACUUCUCGGUGAGCCUGUGAAUGAAAUGAUGCCCCCGAGGAACAGACGAGAAAUGGAAGGCCCUAAUCUUGAAAGAAUGUACUCAAGAGAUCCAAGAUAUAUGGAUGGGUCUGCAAAUGAAAGACUCCCCCAAAGAGAUACUCAGGGUACUAGAAAUUUAAUGGAUGAGCGGAUGCAGCUACAAAACGUACGGCCCAUGAGUGAAAGGAUGCAGUCCAGGGAUGCACAGUUCACAGAAGGCCCAAUGAAUCAUAAUAGGAUGUAUCCUAGGGAAGCACAACAAGUAGAGCCUUCGACAAAUGAACGGCUGCAGACCAGAGUUGCAAGAAUUUUAAAUGAAAGGUUGAAUCCCAGGGAUGGGCAGGCUUUGGAAAAUUCUCUGAAUGAUAGAAUACCCACAGGGGGUUCAAGAGCCUUAAAUCGUCCAAUAAAUGAAAUGUUGAAUCCCCGAGAUCCAAGAUCCAUGGAGGGACCCAUGAAUGCGAGAAUGCAGCCAAGGAUUGAUCGAGGAAUGGAAGGGACCAUGAAUAAUCAAAUGCAUUCAAGAGAGGGUGCCAUGAAUAAUCAAAUGCAUUCAAGAGAGGGUGCCAUGAAUGAACGUAUGCCCAUAAGAGACACGCGACCCAUGGAGGGGCUCAUGAAUGCGAGAAUGUACCAGAGGGAUGUACGCACCGUGCAGGGGUCCAUGAAUGAGCAAAUGCACCCGAGAGAUGCUCGAGCUAUGGAGGGCUCUGUGAAUGAAGGGAUGUACCCACAGGAAGAUGACUUUCCAAUGAACAAACCAAGAGACUUCAUGAGUGACCCAAGAUCUUUUGAAGCAAGAAAGAUGAAUCCUUCUGAAGACUCACUUAGAGGAGUCAACAGAUUCGCUCCAUACCCUUCUCUUAUGAAGUCAGGACAACCAGCAGAGAAUGCCAGAGGACUGCCAGGCUAUGACAACAGAGAUCCGCGCGAGAUGUUACCUCCAUCACAGGAUGCCACCAGCUUUCUGCGAAGGAGCCGAUUUACCUGAAAUCUAACUAUUUUCUAGUUUGGAGCUACAUGUCAGUAGUUGUAAAGAGUUCUUGUACUUCCAUUUGUAAAAUGUCCCAGUGUCAGACGUAGUGUAUGAUCCUUCUUUUUUGUCUUUUUUUUUUUUUUUUUUCCUUCCUUCCCCCCCACUAUCUUUUCCUAUAGGGUGCUUUUUUUUUUUUUUUUUUUUUUAUAUACGUCAUUAGAGAUAAUUAGGGGUAUACUGUAACUAAAAGAUAUUGAUUCAAGAGUCUUGUAAUAUUCUCUUUUUAUGACCAUUUUAUUACUGUUUACGUGUUACUUAAUGGUCGUCACAGUGUAGGAAGCCAUUAUCCCUAUGAGCAGGAUGCUGCUGGUCACCGAACUGGAAAGAUCGAAUUACAAAGUCUGCAUUUCCAUGACUUCGGCUGUCUGGCCCCAAAAGCAGUUUUAUCCAUUGCUGUCCUGUUCCAGCGCCAAGGCUUCCGUCUCCGCUCCUUCCCGUCACUGGUGGACCGGACAUUUCGCAUCUCAUCCACAGUGGUGAUCACGGCUGCCGUGCCGAUUGGGGACACAUCAGCGCUGAGCUGGUGAAUGGCUGCAGCAGUGCACUUAACCACAGGUGAGACAUCACAUUUCCAGUCCACCAGCAACUGUAAGGAGUGGAGACAGGAGCCUCAGGGAUGGAACGGAGUAGCAGUGAACAGGUGAGUAGCAUUUUUUCCCCCCAUUCAUUACUUUUCAGGGCCAUCCCUAAAAUAGUUUUUUUUUUGGGUUGGACAACCCCUUUUUAAUAUUUUUGUACGUUGUAUGGUGUCUCUAUAUCCAUAGUAUGUAGGAGAGUUACAAUACUCUUAUUCAUAGUUUACAAGCAGAUAAUGUUUUUGAAUGUUUGGGGCAUAUCCAUUAAGUAUAUGUAAUUUAUCAUUUACCUUUUAAGGACUUAAAGGCUAUGUACCCCUUUGGGGGCAAUUUUUUUAUGAUUUCAUUUUGGGAUAAAAAUAAUUUUUUUCAGUUGGUCUUUAUUAAAUAUUUUUAACAGUUUGUGAUACAUGCGGUUAAAAAUCAGUCUAUUUGCAGACUGUCCCUCCUGAGUUCUGUUAGCUGAUGGCUAAGGUGAAGUCUGAUCUAAACAUUCAUUAUACCUAAACUCUUAUCAAAAUGAGUGUUUGAGGUCAGAAGAUCAGAGAUGAGGCUUCACCUGAGCCAUCAGCUGACGGAACUCAGGAGGGAUAGUCUGCAAAUAGACUGAUGUUUAACUGCAUGUAUCUGAAAAACUUCAGAAAAUGUUUAAAGAAGCACUCCCACAGAUUUUUUUAUUCUCUGACCUGUUAGAAAGGUAGUAUUUGUGAGUUAUAACUUUCCUUCUGAACCUCAGCUGUGUCAUGUGACCAAGACUGAUCUCCAACUGACACAGGACAAGAAGUCCGUUACUUCUCUAUUCAUUCCUUUUAAGACCGACAUUGAGGUUCUCAUAGGAAAGCAUAGAAAAACUGGCCUCCUGUCCACACUUUAGAUGCUGUGUUAUUUGGAAUGUCAGAAUGUUGGUCACAUGACACAGCUGAGGAUCACAAAUACAGUCUCUGGUAAGAAAAUUGCCUUCACUACAAUUUUUUUUUUUUUUGUUUUUUAGCCCAAAAUAAAUAAAUGCAAUAAAAAAUUGCCCCGAAGGUGCCCAUAGCCUUUACAGUCUUUCUUUUCAUAAGAUGGAGAUCAUACUGCAGAAUGUGCUGAGUUGAAUGCACUUUUCACUGUAUUAUCUUAUUGGCUAUUAAACUGCGUGCCUGUGUUGU